AAGCUCGUUCCAAAAAAUAAAAACAAAACGAAGAGAAGAGCCCCUUCAAUUCGGUGUUAAGGUGUAGCUAAUGCCAAGCACUGGUUGUUUAUCUCAUAUCUUUGGUAGCCAUUUUGUGUUUGUUCAGCUGCAAUGGACAGCUGUCAAUGCUCGCCGACUCCAUGUCAAUGCUUUCCAUCUCCAGCUCCAGGGGCGCCUUUGCAUAUUCCGCUUGUGUGGGUGGUCAGAGCUAUAAUGUUAGGCAGCAUGCAGUUGCAGUUGUUCCUUGUUGUUUUUGGAGCGCGAAGAUAUUUUAGCUCAAAUCCUGUGUUGCGCUUUGUUGUGUGGGGAGCUUACUUGGCUGCGGAUGCCGUGGCUAUCUCUGCGCUGGGCAUCAUGACGCAUUCAAUUAAGAAUGUAAUCUACGGAUUAUGGGCUCCUAUACUGCUAAUCCAUCUGGGAGGACCCGACAGCAUCACCGCAUACUCCAUAGCCGAUAAUGAACUGUGGACAAGGCACUUUUUCAUUAUGUUUUAUCAAGUUCUAAUUGCAGGUUAUGUCAUCUAUAUAUCGAGAUUAGAAGGGCGUCUAUUGGCUGCUUCUAUUCUUCUAUUCAUUGCUGGUGCUAGUAAGUAUUUUGAGAGAACUUGUGCCUUGAGAUCAGCCAGCAACAGCCAGAUGGUGAAUUCUACCAAUGCCCUGUACAAAUUUAUGCAGGUUGAAGGUACACAUGAUCGAGAAGAUUACAAUUAUGUGGUUAUGGGAGAGCAAAGGCUACGGCAAAUCGGGAUUCCUAAGACUGGUGAGAGCACUCUCUGGAAUUCCUUGGUUAGUGACAAUGCAAUAGUAACAAUUAAAAAAGUGUUUGAACAGGAAGGCCGUCUGAAAACAGAAAAGUACAUCUUCUGCUUGUCGCAUGCUUUAUUCAAAAUGUAUAAGCGGAGAUUCGUAAGCCUCUCUUUUCAUGAAGGAGCUCUGCCAAAAACCAGAAUAUUUUUUAUAACUGAACGUCUAAACUGUGAGAAGGUGUUCGGAAUUAUAGAGAUGGAAUUGAAAUUCAUGUAUGAUGUACUGUUUUCGAAGUCAGGCAGUACAGCUUUCAGUAUGUGUGGAAUAGCAUUGCGUCUUCUCAAUACCUGCUUUCUGGCGGUGGCCGCCUAUCUGGUUUUCUUUCAAUUGACAAAGAAACCAGCUCAUAAAACUGUUACGUUUGUGAUUAUUUCUGUAGCGCUUGCUGUAGAAAUUAUACAAUUGUGUAGAAUUGCAUUAUCAGAUUGGACCAUGGUGUACCUGAUUUGUGCACAUAUCAAAGAUUUCAGUAGACCGAAGGGUGGUGGCUGGUACACAGUUCAAAUGAUAAAUUUUCUUAUGAAUUUGCUGGGUCAUGUUCGCAAGCUGUGGAAGAAAUACUGGAAGAAUAAAAUUAAUCAAUAUUCCAUAACAGAUGCUCGUGGAGAGAGCCUCCGUUUUAUGCUGCAGAGGGCUAAAUCUAAUUCGUUUUGCAGGAGUCUUGUGCCAUUGUACCUCAGAGUAUGCCAUAUGAACGAAGAGGACUCCCAGAAUGAGUUGAAUUCCUUGAAAUCCUUUAUCUUUGAAAUAGUUAAGGAUAAAUGUACUCCUGAACAGGAUAUUAAAAUCUGCAGAGACAGAAUUUACGAUCCUGAUGAGUACUUGAUUAGUAAGAGCUUCGAGGUGCCGCAGGAGCAGGAAGAGAUACAGUUGGAAGAUACGAUUCUAGCGUGGCAUAUCGCCACAUCAAUUUGUGAAGCUCGUGACCAGGCCAAAGAUCUCCAGCAGUUUAAAGUCGCUAUCAUGCUGUCCAGGUAUUUUGUUUAUCUUCUUUUGGUACACCCUAAUAUUCUGCCCCUCCAUGCGGAUAUUGCAGUACUGUCUUUCAUAGAUCUUCAGGUAGCAAUUAUUGAAAAACCGAAAGAUGUUUCCAGUUGGAGCAUUGACAUGACUGCUAAUGCGUCUGGUAACGACAAUUUACGUCGUUCCAUCCAUCUAGCAGAUCUAUUGAUGAAGAGAAGUGAGAGAUGGGAUAUAAUGGCACACUACUGGGGCGAAUUGCUGAUAUACGUGGCAGCUUACAACAAAGCUCCUCUCCACGCAGAGUGUAUCGCUAGCGGCGGGGAAUUUAUAUCUCAAGUGUGGGCUUUAUUGGGGCAUUUAGGCUGCGGAGAGCAAUCAGACACUGCCGUAACUAAGAGGAAGGACACAAAAAUUGACCAAGGCUACUUAGCAGAGAAGAGAAGGGAAGAGGACCAGAGGAAUAAGAGAGCGAAGGAGAUUAAGAGGAGGCAAGAGAAGAAGAAGGAAAUGACAGUACAAGAAAUUCACAGGGAGAGGAGCGAAGAAGACCAGAACAUGAAAGAUGAGGAGGAGAAGGAAACGACUCUAAAAUCAUUCAUCGAAGAGGAUGAGAAGAAGAAAAAGCUCCAAGGGAGGCUCAAAUCAAUUAUCGAAGAUCCAUUAAGCUAGUAAGUUUGCUUACAAUUAUAAUUUUCAAGUGCUUGGAAUGUCGCGCAAAUCUGCAACCAUAAAACUCAUAUGAUACUCUAGUGUUUAUGUUAUAGACUCUGGAUUGUGUAUUGUUAUGGCUAAUUAUUAUUAGUCUCGCCAUGGUUGAUAAUCAUAGAAAUAACUUUUUACU